AUGGGGGAGGAAAUUAUUCGAAGUCGUCUUGAGCAAGUAUCAGCUUUUCUUGCUAACGGAUACGGAGAAGGUAGCGUCAAGGACAAUAUUUACCUGAGCAGAAUUCUGGUGCAGUAUCCAAGAAUCCUCCUCAAUCCUCCCGAACGCAUUGCUAGCAUCGUCAGCCUCCUCCAGUCCUUCACUCCCCCUGGCUCCCCUUCCGUUGCCGUCCCUGUUCUCCGCCAUGCCCCCACUCUCAUGUGCCACAGCUCACAGAAUAUCUUGUCUAAGCUCCAGUACUUAGAGAAGCUGGUGGGGAGGAAGGCAGCAGGGAGUGUGGUGCGCAGCUAUUCGUCGAUUCUUGUUCUGUCUGUAGAGAACAUGCAAGGGAAGGUGGAAUUGUUGAGCGAUCUGAUUGGCCGAGAGAACGCUGUGCUUGCAGUGGCUCGGUUUCCUAGGCUGCUGUCAUCGAAUGGUGAGAACCUUAAGAAGGGUUUUAGAGAACUCGUGCGAGAAGUGGAAGCGGCAAUGGAGGAGAGUGGGGGAGAGGAGGUGAGGAGGCAAAUGCUGGAGGAAGGUGCAAGGAAGCUAGCAAGGGAAGGGAGCAGACAAGCAUUUAAGAGCAUUGCUGGUGCCACGAUAGCUCAUGAGAUGGUGGCGAAUCUGGUGGUGAAGUUUCCCCAUUCUAUCUGCUACAGUUGGGAGAGGAAUACGAAGCACAAGGUGGAAUACUUAAAGCAGGACAUAGGGCUCCCUGUAACGGAGGUCCUUGCGUUCCCUUAUUUCCUUGGGUACAGCUUGGAUCAGCGAAUCAGACCGCGACAUCUGGCGCUGCUGAGCAAGGGCUACGUGCUCGUGCCGCAUGAGGUGGCUCGGCCUAAAAAUGGUGGAGGGGGAGGGAAUAUGGAAGGAGUUAGCAACGAGAGGAGGGCAGAAGGGAAGGAUGAGGAUAUUAAAGUGGAUUACGGGGAGGAUGAGGUUGAGAUGCAUGAGUUGGGGGUGAGGAAGGUCGAGCAUCAAAGUGUAUUGGGUUCUAUGCAAGACUAUUAUGGUGUGUUGGGGAGAACAGGUGCUGCAAACCGGUGCGGCAUGAAUCAGCAGCAGGGAAGGGAGGCGGUGUGCUUGGCUCAGUUGCUUAAAUGCUCAGACAAGGAGUUUGAAAAGAGGUUUGGGGUAGAGCUUGCACCGUUUAUGCUGGAAACUCGUCCCUAG